GCGCGACACGUCAGGCGCCACAGUUUUCGUUUCCCUCCGAAGGCUCGAGAGCUGUUGCGCUAAUCUUAACGCCACCCACAACGCCAACAGUAACAGAUCUUUUCAGUUAUUUCUUCACUCUUUUCGUCCAAGCUCACAGGGCCACAUUUUUUUUUUGUUUUUUCGCGAUGGCGCUUCCACGACAGCUGAGAGACGAAAGCGAUUUUGAACAACUCCCAGACAACGUUCCAGUGAGCGCCACCGUCGCGGACAUCGAGGAGAAAAAAGGCUUUAUUGUUUACUACCUGUUUGUGAUUGAGGUGAAGACUAAAGGAGGCAGCAGGUACCUGAUCUAUCGCAGGUAUCGGCAGUUCUUUGCCCUGCACCAAAGUCUAGAGCAGAAGUUCUCCCCCGAGUCCCCAUCAGAAUCCUACACUUGCGCGUUGCCCCCUCUGCCUGGUAAAGUGUUCAUGGGUAACAAACAGGAGAUAGCAGAGAGCAGAAUUCCAGAGCUGAACACGUACAUGAAGAGGCUGCUGUGCUUGCCGACCUGGGUCCUGUUGGAUGAUUUGGUCCGGAUGUUUUUCUACCAGACGGAGUCAGACAGCCUGCAGGUGCCCAGAGCCCUGCGGCGUCUCCGGCCGCCCACACGCAAAAUAAAAACAGAAAAGCCCAAAACAGACCUUCUGUCAUCGCCCAGAGCGGAGGCGGUGUUCGAUUUUCGCGGGAACAGGAGCUUGGAGCUGAAUCUCAAGGCUGGAGAUGUGAUCUUCCUUCUCCGGCGAAUCAACGCAGACUGGCUAGAGGGUACUGUUAAAGAUAGGAUAGGCAUAUUCCCAGAAUCCUUUGUGAAGAUCAUUAAGUCUCUCCCUGAGAGUGACUCUGAUGAGGAAGGCGGGCCUUCCAAGAGCAGGGGUGGGGCUCAGAGCUCCUACAGCUGCCUGCGCUGCCACCUGCUACAGCCAGAAGGCGUCAACACCAGGGAUGUGUGUGUUGAAGAAGAUCUUUCUAUCCAGCCAUCAUAUUCUGAUCUUCUUGCCCGUAUGAGGGACGUGUUCCGGAUAGAGGACAUUGCUCUGAACUAUCGUGACCAAGAAGGAGAUCUGGUGCGCAUUUUGGACGACGAGGACGUUACCCUGAUGGUGCAGGAGUGCAAACACCAGGGGACGAUGGUCAAGAGACCUGUCAAUCAGUUUCCAUGGGAACUGCUCAUCACACAUUCCAAUGAUCUGUCAGUGUACAACACUGAAUGCUGAAGUGUUGGUGUGUGUCUGCACGUGUUUUGUUGUUCUUGUGUAUGUGUGUGCAAUGUGCAUCCGCACAUAGACCAAGACGUAUUUACAUUGAAGGUUUUAUCGUCAUGUACAAACUGCACACUUGUUAGAUGAUUACUUAAGUACUAUAAACCUGAAGAAAACCAUUCCUCAUUAUCAGCUUGCCGACUGCACAGUCCGUGUGGAUAUGCUGUCUCCCUACACACUUAUAGAAAAUACCAUCUGUUGUGUCAUGACCUGAGUAAUUACAUCCACCACUUCAUAGUUGCCAGAUCCAGGAACUCAAAAUCCCCCCCCCCGGUGUGCUAGAGAUUUGAUCGUUGAUGCUCUGCACUGGAAAUGAAAAUUCCACUGGUACGUGGAGGCAUCUGCCCUGUUUGUUUGUGCGUGUGUGUGUGUAUUAACUUAUGCCAACUCCUGGUACCCGUUUCACUGUAUUUCUCUAUUUCACUUCCUUUCUGUGGAAUAUUUUCUAAACAUUCAAGAUUUCACUACAUCUUGAUUUUCUCUGGCACAAAGCAUCUAAACACACACGCACACACACGCCUACAACAUGUAGGCAUACCUUAAUUCCUAGUCUGUCUCUGGCCCACUCCAGUUUCUCGCUAGGACUCCUCCCUGACCCUUAGAACUGAUGUACAUUAGAUCAGCCUCACAAGUAAUACAAGUAAUGCAAAUUGCACAGUUCCAGAGGUUUAACAUCUUUAACAUUUAAAUUUAAGUGUAGUAAUAACUUCAGUAAUUUAAAUGUAAUGUUGCAGCGAUUCCUCUCUUUGCUUUGUUGUGCAGUAGUGCCAUAGUGUUACAUUUGUGAACCACUGAGUGUUUAAAUAAAUCAUUGAACAUAUA